AUGAAGAGGGUUUUGUUGCCACUGCUGCCUUCUUCUUCAUCGAGCUCAUCUUCUUCAUCAUGCAUUGAAUCGGAUUCGAUUAAACUUCCGAUGAAGAGAGCUAGAGUGAAGAAAACCCCCAAACAGCCGCCGAAGAAAUGCUCGAACAAUGUUGGUAACCCAAUCCCAAUUAAAUCACCUGGAAGAAGAAGCUCCAUUUACAGAGGUGUAACUAGGCAUAGAUGGACAGGAAGGUUUGAAGCUCAUUUGUGGGAUAAAACUUCGUGGAACAGUAUUCAGAACAAGAAAGGAAGGCAGAUUUAUUUAGGGGCUUAUGAUAAUGAAGAAGCUGCUGCUAGGACUUAUGAUCUUGCUGCCCUUAAAUAUUGGGGACCUGGAACUUCCCUCAAUUUUAAGAUAGACGCCUAUGUCAAGGAAAUCGAAGAGAUGGGAAAAUUUUCGAAUGAAGAGUAUUUAGCUUCUUUGCGGAGAAAAAGUAGUGGAUUUUCUAGGGGUGUUUCUAAAUAUCGUGGUGUGGCAAGGCAUCAUCAUAAUGGAAGGUGGGAGGCUAGAAUUGGGAGGGUUUUUGGAAACAAGUACUUAUACUUGGGAACCUAUAGCACUCAAGAAGAAGCCGCGGUGGCAUAUGACAUGGCAGCGAUAGAGUAUAGAGGUGCAAACGCGGUUACCAACUUUGAUGUAAGUGUUUAUGCUGGCAAGUUGAAAGAAAAGCUAGCCCUUACUUCAAAGAAAGAGGAUCAUCAUGAGGAUCGAAAGCUAAUUCUCCACGAACUGAAUCCAGUUGAUGCCAAUAAACAGAUGGUGGUUUAUGAGAAUCAUCAAGUAGGAAAUCAGGAUCUGGAGGAGAAAAAACUAGUUGGACCCGUUUCCCAAGAGGGUUCGGACUCGGACGAGUUCAUAAUGCCCAUAGGCAUAGAGGAUUACGCAAGUGGUUUGAUGGAUAUGAAUGUCUAUGGUGAGAAUCAGUGGACCCGUCUCUCUUUGGACUCUGGAUUCACCAACAAUUCACUCUCGACAGUUCUUGAUGACAUUCCAUUGACUGAGGGAGCUGGCGAACUCCCUGACUUGUUUGAUGAUUCGGGUUUUGAGUUUGAGGAUAAUACGGAAGACUACAAAUUCGAGGCGGCUUCCCUUGAUGAAAACGAUGAUUGCCUUCUACUUCUGAACAUGAACGACGACUACCAUAUCGGUGCGAUGGAGGAUGGAGGAUCGGGGGAGGAUGGAGAGAAGAGCUUGUCGGAUGUGUGA